UAUUUGGUGAUUUAAUUGUUGACAAUAAAUAGGGAAUGCUCAGUAAACAAUAUUUUCUAUAUUGUUAUAGCUAUUUGGUGUCAUAUUUUCUAUAUGCUAUAGUUAUAGAUGGUGUGGACUUUCUAAACAAAAAUCUAUUAUUGUAUUCGGUUUGGUAUUUCUUUUUGGAACUAUAAUUAUAAAAACACUUGGACUUGCUGGUUUUGUGACUUUAAGGUAUAUUAUUACAAGUCAUGUUGAGUAAAUCCCCACUAUUAUGAAAUAUUAAUGAUGACCCAUUGUUUUGAAGCCUUAUGUUUGGUUAUGGAGUUGUGUUUUUGAUCAGAGGCUUAGAUAUGUCUUCUGCGGCUAUGCAACAUCACGAAGGUGAUGGUGGGGUAGAUCCUCCUCCAGAUCCAAUGCAGAUACAGGCUGAUUGUGAGAGAGUGACGACUAAAACGAAAAGGCGCGGCAUCAACAAAGGGUUUUCAACUCGAGAAGCUAGAGUUGCAUUAGGUAGACCACUACCACUGGAGUGGGAUGUUCGAGGGAAGACUUACAAAGAAAUUGGUGAUUAUUCCCAACAUUUCUCUAGAGAGAUCGGCAUUCUCAUUCGACAAUAUGCCGAUCCCGACUACGACCGAUGGGAUAAAUUACCCAGCGAAGUUAGGGAUCGCAUACUUCCUCGUCUAGAGGGUGAUUUAUUCGACAUUGGUCGAAGUCGAUAUGCCUCAGAGAACCUCCCCGGCAUUCUUUUGGGCAUUCAACGGUCGUGCGCUGAUCGUUACUCGGAGUGGAAGAAUGACUUGUCCACUCAUUUAAAAAAGAAUGGUCGAGCACAUCCUCCUGAUGGUUUGGGCAUGGAGAAAUGGCAGAAGGCGCUCCAGUAUUUUGAUCGCCCUGAAGUGAAGAAGCGUUCUGAGACUAACUCUGCGAACCGUGCAAAACAAAAACAGAGAGCGUGCAGGGUUCACAGUCUACGCCAGCCCUUCGUUACAAGAAGCGUGAUUUACAAACUGGGUGUCUUGCUGGGGUUCCAGAGAUUUGGAUGGCGACUAAGUACAUAGACGGGGAAGGUUGGGUGAGCAAGGCAGCAAAGGAUAACUAUGAAAAGAUGAUGGAGAUACGUGACACUCUGCAGUCACAAUCAUCUACGAGCGCCUCUGCUUCGAGUACUAUCCCGAGAGAAGAGGAUGACGUUAUUCUUGUUGAGACUAUCUUUGGAUGUCGUCGAGGCUAUCAGCCGGGCCUUGGUCGUAGGAUUCGCACGAGGGCGAAUUGUGAAGCGGCUGAUGUACCUCAACCAGCCCAACCACCUCCUACCGCACAAGACAUGCAAGAGGUGAGGGAGCGACUCCGAGCCAUAGAGGAGCACUUGGCUAGGAUUGGUGGAGUCUCGGGAUCUGGAUCUUCUCAGCAAGGUCAUGGUGUCGAUCCUACAACACCUAGUUAAAAACAUUUAUAUUUAUGUAUUUUAAUUUUACUAUGAUAGUUACUUUGUCAUAAGAAUAUUUAUAGUAAAAAUAUAAUUUUAUGCA